CGCAGCACGGCCGCGGUGGGCGGAGCCGGCGGGAUGAGUGGCGGCGGGCCGGAGGCCGCUGUGGGUGGUGAGGCCCCUGCGGCGGGCGGCAACAAGAAGAAGGACUCACUGGGAACCGCGGGCUCGCCGGCGCACCUCAUUAUCAAGGAUCUUGGAGAAAUUCAUUCAAGGCUGUUAGAUCACAGACCAGUUAUUCAGGGUGAAACCCGUUAUUUUGUGAAAGAAUUUGAAGAAAAACGUGGUCUUCGAGAAAUGCGAGUUCUUGAGAAUUUGAAGAAUAUGAUCCAUGAAACAAAUGAACAUACUCUUCCCAAAUGUAGAGAAACAAUGCAAGACAACUUAAACCAAGUUCUCCAGAGAUUGCAAGCAGCUACUGACUCAGUCUGUAGACUCCAACAGAGGGAGCAGGAACGAAAAAAGAUUUAUAAUGACCAUAUAAUAGCUAGUGAAAACCAGCAUAUAAUCCAGUGGGAAGAUUUCAUGAAAGAACAACACAACAAACAGGCUGAAGUGGAUGAAGAGCACAGAAAAGCUGUGGAGAGGCUUAAAGAACAAUAUGCUGAAAUGAAGAAGGACCUAGGAAAAUUUUCAACCUUUUGAGAACUUGAACCAUAACGGUGUGAAAGCAUUGACUUCCCCCAAAGAACUAACUAUUCUCAUCAAACCAUUUAGCCUCUGCUUCAAGCUUAGCAAUAUAUUUAGUGACAUUCAUAUCAGGAGAAAGAAACUUCUACUGGAGUACUAAUUAAAUGUUUAGUGGAAGAAGAGUGCUAUAUCUUUCCUGUUUAAGUGCCUAUGUAUAAUUAUUUGGGCAAGAGUAGGAAGAAAAAUUGGAUAAAUUUACUUUUUGUUAAUCAGAAUUGGUCGUCUUUGUUAUUGAUUAUCUCAGAGAACUGUAAGUAUAGACCUCUUAGAAAAAUAAUUUCAUUCUUAUACAGGGUUAAUAUUAGCUUAUUAUUGUGGCUUAGAAAGCAGAUAUAAUAGUUGCCUGCUUUAGCCUCCUUGGCUAUUGGAAGAACGUGUAGAGUGUUAUUCCAUCAGUAAUGUAGACAAAAACAAUGGUCCUUGGAACAGAGAUCACCUUUAUGAGAGGUGAGAGUAAAACACUCUCUACUGCAGCAAAGGUGGCCCUGUUGGUCGUUGAACUGCUGAAAGGUUACAGAGUCUGCAGUGCAGCAUAAUGCCAUGUGUUUCACUGAUGACAAGACACACUUAUGAAGUUUUGUGGCCUUCCAGCACUUCAUACUUUCAGCUUUUAAAACAUGCUUAGAAGGAAAAGCUUACCAAAAAUAUAGUUUGACUUUUAGCCUUUCUAAGAACCAUAAUCUUGCCCAUAGUAUUUACCUCAUUUUUGUGUCUCUUUUGCUGUGGGUGAGCUUUGUAAGACAAAUAAUCUCUAAAAUGUUUCAACUGUGUAAUGAGUAAUCAGCAAAAUCAACAAGGAGUUCCUCUGGAAUCAUACAAUUAUUCUGGCUCUGAAUAUGCCAGAAGUAAUUGCCCAUAUGGCAAAUAAUCCAUGUUAAAUGUAAAUCCUUUUUAGUGUUUAGCGUCUGUUCUCAUAAGCAGGUGUACUAUGAUGAAACAUGUACCAACUCAGUCAUCACUGUGAGCUUUAAAAAUCUGCACUUGACAGUGUAAUUGAGGAACUAAGUUAUUUUUUAUUUGCCGUAAACAAAGCAAAAUUAAAUGCAAUAUUUUAAGCCCUAACCGGUUUGGCUCAGUGGAUAGAGCGUCAUCCUGUGGACUCAAAGGUCCUAAGUUCAAUUCCGGUCAAGGGCAUGUACCUUGGUUGCAGGCACAUCCCCAGUAGGGAGUGUGCAGGAGGCAGCUGAUCGAUGUUUCUCUCUCAUCGAUGUUUCUAACUCUCUAUCCCUCUCCCUUCCUCUCUGUAAAAAAUCAAUAAAAAUAUAUUAAAAAAAUAAUAACAAAUGCAAUAUUUCAAGAGGUUUAUAGCAAAUGAAUUUAAGGUAUGGAUAAAUCUUUCAAAUGUUUUUUAUUGCUCUUCAAUAAAGAAAGGCACUGAAAGAACAUAUCCAACUCUCUCAUGUAUCUCAGUCUUACUAGAGCAGAAAGUGACAAUGCUGGCUUGUGUAAAUUUAUGGCGUACUGUCAAAGCUGCAUUCUUGGCUGCAUGUUGAAAAUGUGAUUAAAGUUAAUAGAGGAGAUGAAA